GCUGCACGUGAGCCCGAGGACCUGGCCCCAUGGCUUCCUGGAAGAGGUCCUGCUGGCUGCCGGCAUGGGCGGGCUUCAUGCUUGCUGCCCUCCUGCAGGCCUGGGCGGAGAAGUCUCCUGGAGCCUACUUCCUGCCCGAGUUUGCGCUGUCCCCGCAGGGGAGCUUCCUGGAGGACGCCACGGGGGAGCAGUUCCUCACCUACCGCCUGGACGACCAGACCGCAAGGAACGCCCGCUCGGAUGAGGAGAAAGACGGUGGCUGGGACGCCUGGGGGGACUGGAGCGACUGUUCGCGCACCUGCGGCGGCGGCGCGUCCUACUCCCUGCGCCGGUGUCUGACCGGCAGGGACUGUGAAGGGCAGAAUAUCCGAUACAGGACGUGCAGCAAUCAGGACUGCCCGCCCGACGCUGAGGACUUCCGGGCUCAGCAGUGCUCGGCCUACAACGACGUCCAGUACCAGGGCCGCUACUAUGAGUGGCUGCCGCGCAACGAUGACCCCGCCAGUCCCUGCGCCCUGCGGUGCCACGCCCGGGGCCACAGCCUGGUGGUGGAGCUGGCCCCCAAGGUGCUGGACGGGACCCGCUGCCGCCCCGAUUCCCUGGACAUGUGCAUCAGCGGCGUCUGCCAGGCGGUGGGCUGCGACCGGCACCUGGGAAGCGGCGCCAAGGAGGACCACUGCGGGGUGUGUGCGGGGGACGGCGCCACCUGCAGGCUCGUGCGGGGACAGGCCAAGGCACAGGUGUCUGCCGAGAAAAGGGAGGAGAACGUCAUCGCCGUCCCCCUGGGCAGCCGCAGCGUGCGCAUCACCGUGAAGGGCCCCGCGCAGCUCUUUUUCGAAUCCAAAACCCUCCAGGGAAGCAGAGGCGAGCACACCUUCGACAGCGCCGGGGUUUUCGUCGUGGAGAACACCACCCUGGAGUUCCAGACGGGCCCCGAGCGGCAGGCCUUCCGGAUCGCAGGCCCGCUGGCCGCCGACUUCAUCUUCAAGACCAGGUUUGUGGCAGCCAAGGACAGCGUGGUCCAGUUCUUCUUCUACCAGCCCAUCAGCCACCAGUGGAGACAGACCGACUUCUUCCCCUGCACCGCGACGUGCGGCGGAGGCUACCAGCUCAACUCUGCGGAGUGUGUGGACGUCCGCCUGAAGAGGGUGGUCCCCGACCACUACUGCCACUACUACCCCGAGAACGUCAAGCCCAAGCCCAAGCUGAAGGAGUGCGGCAUGGACCCCUGCCCAGCCAGCGACGGGUUUAAAGAGGUCAUGCCCUACGACCACUUCCAGCCUCUGCCCCGCUGGGAGCACAACCCCUGGACGGCGUGCUCGGCCUCCUGCGGGGGCGGCGUGCAGCGGCGCGGCUUCGUGUGCGUGGAGGAGUCGGUGCAUGGCGAGGUGCUGCGCGCAGAGGAGUGGAAGUGCUCGUACGCGCCCAGGCCUGCGGCGCUGCAGGCCUGCAACCUGUUCGACUGCCCCAAGUGGGUGGCCAUGGACUGGUCCCAGUGCACGGUGACCUGCGGCCGCGGCCUGCGCUACAGGGUGGUCCUCUGCAUCAGCCACCGCGGGGAGCACGUGGGAGGCUGCAGCCCGCAGCUGAAGAUGCACAUCAAGGAGGAGUGCGUGGUGCCCGUGCCCUGCCACAGGCCCCGGGAAAAAAGCCCCGUGGAAGCUGAACCACCUUGGCUGAAGCAGGCUCAAGAGCUCGGCGAGCCCAGAGCAGCCACGGAGGACCCGACGUUCAUCCCCGAGGCCUGGUCGGCCUGCAGCGCCACGUGUGGGCCUGGCAUCCAGGUGCGAGCGGUCAGGUGCCGAGUGCUCCUCGCCUUCACGCAGACGGAGACUGAGCUGCCGCAGGAUGAGUGCAAAGGGCCCCCGCUGCCCACCGAGCGGCCGUGCCUCCUCCAGGCCUGCGACCAGGGCCCCGCCCUCCGCGAGCUGGACAAGCCCCCAGCCCAGGACCGCGAGGCCGCCUACGGCUGGGAGCUGGCUGGCUUCACGCCCUGCACCGCCACGUGUCUGGGAGGCCGGCAGGACGCCAUCGCCGUGUGUGUGCACGCGCAGACCCAGCAGGCCGUCAGCGAGUCCUGGUGCGACGCGGCCCACCGCCCCCCCGCCAUGAGCCAGGUGUGCAACACGGAGCCCUGCCCACCCAGGUGGCGCACGGGCGCGUGGGGGCCCUGCUCGGCGACCUGUGGCGUGGGAAUCCAGAGCCGGGACGUGCUGUGCCUGCACGCUGGGGAGCCCCCCGCCGCCUCCGAGGAGUGCGGAGACGAGAAGCCGCACACCCUGCGAGCCUGCAGCCAGUACGACUGCCCGCCCCGCUGGCACGUGGAGGACUGGCAGCAGUGCUCCAGGACCUGCGGGGCCGGCACCCAGCGGCGCAGGGUCACCUGCCGGCAGCUGCUGACGGACGGCAGCUCCCUGAGCCUCCCAGACGAGCUUUGCCCAGGCCCCAGGGCCUCGUCCCACAAAUCCUGUGCCAGGACUGAGUGCCCGCCUCACCUGAGCCCGGGGAACUGGUCCCAGUGCUCCGUGAGCUGUGGUGCGGGGACCCAGCGGAGGACACAGGUGUGUCAGAAGCUCACGGCCAAAGGCCGGCGUGUGGCGGUCAGUGAGCUGAUGUGCCGGGGGCUCCCGGGGCCCCCGCUGGUGCAGCCCUGCCAGAUGCCCGCCUGCCCCGAAGUGAAGCCAGACACAAAGCCCAAACUUGGGGAGCAGGGACCCCAGAUCCUCGGUGUCCAGAGGGUUUACAUCCAGACGCGGGAGGAGAAGCGCGUCAGCCUGACUGUGGGCAGCAGGGCCUACCUGCUGCCCAACACGUCGCUGGUGGUCAGGUGCCCCGUGAGAAGGUUCCAGAAGUCGCUGAUCCGGUGGGAGAAGGACGGCCGCUGCCUGCACAGCUCCGCGCGCCUGGGUGUCACCAGGGCCGGCGCCCUGAGGAUCCAGGGGCUAGCGGCCCCCGACACGGGCACGUACCAGUGCGUGGCCGGCCCAGCCCGGGACUCGCUCGUGCUCAAGCUCAUCGGCACUGACAACCGGCUUGUGGCGCCGCCAGAGCCCAGCGGGGGCAGCCCGGGGGAACCCCGUCCUGACGCCGAUUCUCUGGGGGCCACGUGGCACCAAAUGAGGCAGAUGUGGAGGAGCAGAAACGAGCUCAACCCGGAUGCUGGGCAGGCUGGGCGGCCACCUCUCCUGCGGGCCCUGCUGGGCGGCUGCCCCAGUUCUGCGGAGGCCUCGGCCCCCGGGGGACUCCUGGACAUGCAGUUUGAGGCCGCGCUCAAGCAGGGCGCCUACAGCAUGGACGCCGCCCAGUUCGACGAUCUGAUCAGAAACAUGAGCCGGCUCCUGGAGACUGGGGAGGUCAGCGACGACCUGGCCUCCCAGCUCAUCUACCAACUGGUGGCCAGCCUGGCCCCCGCACCGCCUGCCCGCCUGCCCGAGGGGGACAGCCAGGAAGAAGUGCCGCCCGCCGCCCAGCUGAGGGGCAGUGCCAACAGUGUGCCCCAGAGCCUGCGCAGGGGACACUGGGGCAGCCCGGCCCACAGGCCGAAGGCGCCUGUGCUGAGGCGGUCACGCCAGGGCCCCUCCGUCACCUUCAGCAGGACCGUCCACUCCAGAAUUGGAGGCACGGUGUACAUCACGGAGGCCACGCGGGUCAUCAGCCUCCUGUGCGAGCUGGCCACCCCCAGUGAGGCCACCUACGCCUGGACAAAGGACGGAGCAUCGCUGCAGUCCUCCAGGAAGAUAACCUGGGACGGGAAGGGGAAGAUGCAGAUACGGGACCCGACAAGGGCAGAAGAGGGGGUGUAUGGGUGCUCCGUGGCCAGCCCUCUCGGCUCAGAUGCAGAAAGCUCCCCCGUGCUGUUCGCAGAGGCGCCUGUCAUCUUGUCUAUUGAAAGAAACACCAGCAGCCCGGAGCCCGGCCGGCUGACCGUUGUGGUUGGAGGCAUCGUGGAGGUGGCCCCGGGAGCCAACGUGACCAUCCAGUGUCCUGUGCGAGGUGUCCCUGCACCCAAUGUGACGUGGUCCCGGACAGGAGGCCCCCUGGGCGCCGGUGCCACCGUCCUGCCCGGCGGGUCCCUGCUGCUGCAGAGCGUGUCCACCGACGACGGCGGGAGCUACAUGUGCAUAGCGGCCAACGCCCUGGGCACGACCUCAGCCGCCUCCACCCUCCGCCUGCUGGAGCAGAGACCACCUGGCAGAGAAGCGGCACUUCCCGAGGGCCUUGGGACGCCAAUGCCCCAGACACCCGAGGAGGGAACCGCAGGCAACAGCCCCAGAUGGGGGCACCCUGCUCCAGGGCCCUUUUGGGGGUGUGGCAACUGGACACGCUGCUCGGCUGCCUGUGGCUCCGUAGGAGCCCGCGUGCGGAGACACCAGUGCCUGAUGGCCGACGGACAGCGGGUGAGGGAGGCGCUGUGUGAGCACCUGCCGAGGCCACCAGCUGAGGUCCAGCCCUGCUGCGCCCGGGACUGCCCCUCCAGGUGGGUGGCGGGCGCCUGGUCCGCCUGCUCGGCCACCUGCGGCAGUGGGGUGCACAGGCGGCAGGUGACGUGCCAGCGCCGGGCAGCCCGAGGGACCAUGCAGGUGACAGCUCCCCGCGCAUGCGCCUCCAGGCCCAGGCCUCUCGGCAGAAGGCCGUGCUCCAGCGCCCCCUGUGCCCCAUGGGGCAGGCACCCAGUGGCCCAGCUGCGUAGUAUUCCCCUGUGUGUAGAUACCACCUCUUCACCCGCCCACCUGUCGCUGGGCAUUCAGGCUAUUUCCGUGGCUGCCAUUCUGCCUCCAACCCAACCCGCCCUCCCCGGGAACUGCUCCGCGGGGGCCCGCGAGGCCUGCUGGCGGCCGGGCCCCUGGAGGCCCUGCGGCGCGGCCUGCGGCCGGGGCGUCCAGUCUCGCACCAUCCACUGUGUCCACGCCAGGAGCUGCGUGCCCGUGGCCCGGCGGCACUGCCUGCAGACGGAGAAGCCCGCCUCCUGGCGGCCCUGCCUGGGGCUCCCCUGUGACAGCACGCACCCCCCGCAGGAGCCACCGCGGCCCCCGGCCUGGUCCUGA